CUUCAAUAGCCUUCUAGAGCUCUUUUUGUAAUUCCCUUCUUUUGUAACAACUUCUUCAAUAUUUUUUGUUCUAAGAGAGAAACAUGCAAAACACAGUGAGGUUUUCGAGCUGCAGAGGUGUGUCCUUCGAGAUCCAACCUCAUGCAGACCCAUUUGCCGUUCCUACUCCAGCUCAAAAUGAGACUCGCAGCGGGAGCAAAAAAUCUUGGUUUCCUUGGUACCAAGGGGGUUUAUCCAAUUCCAGGGUGUUCCCUUCUGCCAUACAAAGGUCUGUGAGUCGACCAAGCAGUCACUUCUGUGACCUUGACCUUGAUGAAGAUGAAGAUGAAAAUGAAGAUGAUGUCAUAUUAGAGGGACUAGAAGAGGGCAAGGAUCAGGAGAAAGAAGAGAAGCCAAAUUUUCCAUCUGCAAGCAAACGUGAACAAACACCAAAGCCAGCUCGCAAGCAAGAAUCAAGAUUAUCAGUCAUUUUGCUUGACCAAGGGCUGUUCACUGUAUACAAAAGACUCUUUGUGGUCUGCUUAACCCUGAACAUCAUUGGUUUGGUGCUUGCUGCCACUGGACACUUUCCAUAUGCAAGAAAUAGAGCUCCCCUUUUCUCGAUUAGCAAUAUUCUUGCUUUGACACUCUGCAGAAGCGAGGCCUUCCUGCGAAUAGUCUUUUGGCUUGCGGUCAAGGUGCUGGGAAGGUCUUGGGUACCUCUCCCUAUCAAGACUGCUACCACAUCCCUCCUUCAAAGUCUUGGUGGGAUACACAGUAGCUGUGGAAUUUCUUCGGUUGUAUGGCUCAUAUAUGCCUUAGUUCUUACUCUCAAAGACAGAGAUAACACUUCUUCUGAGAUCAUAGGUGUAGCCUCUACUAUUCUUUCCCUUCUCUGCCUCUCAUGCAUGGUAUGGGCCUUUAUCAUCCUUACAAUCUCCUAUGACCCAAUAACCAAAUCUUACUCAAAAGAACUUGGUUCAAGGUUGAUCAAGAGGCAAGAGUUCUGGUUCACAGUAGCCAUCACCAUCCUAAUUAUUAUCCCAUGGUUGACAGUAAGACGCGUGCCUGUCAAGAUCUCAGCUCCUUCUGGCCAUGCCUCCAUUAUCAAGUUUGAGGGCGGAAUAAAGUCAGGUAUACUAGGCAGAAUCAGUCCAUCACCCUUUUCGGAAUGGCAUGCCUUUGGAAUAAUUUCGGAUGGAAAAACUGAGCACAUGAUGCUUGCUGGUGCAGUUGGCGACUUCACAAAAUCCUUGGUCUCAAAUCCACCAAGCCAUUUGUGGGUUAGACAAAUGCACUUUGCUGGCUUGCCUUAUCUAGUCAACAUGUAUGACAGGGUUUUGCUGGUGGCAACAGGUUCAGGAAUCUGCGUGUUUUUGUCGUUCCUUUUUCAGCCAUGCUCAGCUAACGUAUGUGUGCUUUGGGUGGCCAAAGGUAUUGAGCAAAACUUCGGAAAAGAAAUCAAAGAAAUGAUGAGCGGGCAUCCUAAAGAUAAGGUGAUUGUCCAUGAUACAGCUGUGCUAGGCCGUCCUAACGUGUCUGAGUUGAGUGUUGAUGCUGCUAAGAGAUGGGGAGCUGAAGUGGUCAUUGUUACAAGCAAUCCAGAAGGAAGCAGAGAUGUUGUCAAUGCUUGCAAGGGAGCAGGAAUUCCAGCCUUCGGCCCCAUCUGGGACUCCUAAAUUCUAUAACUGAUCUCACUGCACAAUAAAUUAUUUUUCCAAGUUUUCCUUUGAUUCCAAAUUUAUUAUGGUUUAUUCUAAACAAUCUCCUUUCUUCCGCAUCGGCCAACCAAACGUUGAGA